AUGGCCAGAUCCGUCAUCCAAAAGCACAGAUCCAUCAGACGACAUGUAAGCUCAAUCUACAGAAAGAAGUCAUAUUGCAGAGUCCAUUUUGGCCAUAGAAACUAUUCACUCUAUGUAAACAAGGUCCUCAAGGAAGUUGUUCCCCAUGGGGGCAUAUCAUCUCGUACCUUCAACGUCAUGAACAUCCUGAUCAAUGACAUCUUUGCACGCAUUGCUAUGGAAGCCCACCACCAGAUGCAUUUAAGAAAUCGCUGUACUCUCACCCCUGAAGAUGUGCAGAAGGCAGUAUAUUUACUGUGUCCUAGGAAACUAGCUAAGCAUGCAGUGGCUUUUGGAAGUGAAGUGGUCCACAGAUUUGUCCACUCCUGA